AUGCAGUGCACCAGAAUCAUCACGAGAAACAUCCCUCAAGUGAGGAAACAGCGCCAAAUCCAAAACCCACGCAUGACGCUCGUCGCCAGUCCCGUUCCCAGCCACAACCCAACCACUGACUCGGAACGAUUACCCUACCGACUCUACGAGCUGUCCCUCAAGAAGAUCAGAAAAGAAGCACAUGCUGCUGAGCCAGAUCUCCGCCAUGUAAUUGCCGGGAUCUCCAUGCAAAAAGUCGUCGCUGGGGCCGUGCACGACGAUCUUCUUCACAAAGUCGAUAUGCUUGAAGAGAAGCAUCCUCGCAGAUUCCCGCUCAUGCCUGGCUGUGAUGAGUCCUGGGAACAUGAAGAGGUGGCGGAGGAUACAAGGCACAAUCCUAAUGCUUGGGAUAUGGAGGCUCUUGAUCAGGCUUUGUGUGAGAUGGAGAUUGCGGGGAAGAAAGGGGAGGUUGCUAAGACUGUUUGUUGGAGGUUGAUUGGGGAGAUGUAA